AUGCCGAAGGGGGCGGACGAUAUAACCGUGGACAAUAGCACGGAAAGUGCCAAAAAUGGCGAGUUCUACCCGUUCUACGUGUACAGGAAGAACAGCAGACGAAGAUCAAGCGUGCAAAGUUUGCUCCAUCGCCGCAACUGUCGCCUCGUCAAGAGGCUGGUCCGGAAAAGCGGCAAGUCGGCCAUACUCCGGAACACGGAGAACUCCCAACACACCUUCCGGUACAUGCGGGACUUCACCAACACCCUCAUAGAAGGCAGCUGGAAAUUGAUUCUACUGAUAGUAUGCAUAGCCUUCAACCUCACUUGGUUGAUAUUCGCCGGACUGUGGAUGAUCGUGUCUUCGGAAAGCAUGGAUGUGGACGGAGAACCAUGUUUGGAAGGUAUAGAUGGCUUCGCUGGGUACCUUCUCUUCAGCGUGGAGACACAGUCGACCAUCGGCUACGGCAACCGCUAUAUCAACGGCUACUGUCCCGAAGCGGUGUUCCUGAUGUGCAUCCAAAUCAUAGUGGGCGUCAUCAUCUGCGGCAGCGUCAUAUGCAUCGUCUACAUGAAGAUGAUAGGGCCGCAGAAGGUCCAUUCGAUGGCUUGUUUCAGCAAGAUUGCUGUGGUCCACCAGAGAGACGGGGAGAUGUGUCUGAUAUUCCGCGUGAGGGAUUCUGCCAACAAAUACGAAUGUCUGACGACCAUGUCGGCUUAUCUGGUGCAGAAGAAGCGGGGUGAGCUUUUCCUCAAGUCCAUAAAGCUCGAACCAGCCGGUAUACUGAUAUGGCCCGUCGAGAUAGUCCACCGUAUAAACGACAACAGUCCAUUCUGGGACCUUUCUGCAAAAGAUCUAAUACUAAAAAGGUUCGAGAUAAUAGUCAUAAUGGACGGAACAUCUCUGGCUACUUCCCAUACCUCGAGGACAACAACCUCCUACCUGAGCCGGGAAAUAAAAUGGGGCCACAAGUUCAAACCCUGCACGCUCUUCGACAAAAAGAAGGACAAGUACAUCGUCGACCACUCCCUGUUCAACAAAACCGAAGAAUUCGACACCCCCCUGUGCAGCGCCCAAAAACUGAGGGAGAUGUACGACGAGAUUGUUUCUCUAGCGGCCCCGAAGCUCUAUCUCAGCCCGUCCACCUCCAAAUACUCCAGUCCUAUGUUUAACAGCCUGAAGAUCUCCCAGCCCUGGCCAGAGGAAGAAGAAGAAACCGUCAGCGGCAGCGUCGUGACCACUUCAGCGAUAGUCCACGUGAGCAAAGAGAGAGGAGAGAAGAAAAAGGAGAGUGAUAAGAAAAUAGCGAGGAACGUUCCAAGUUCGUCGUCUUCCGAGGAAGAUGUAGCCUUUGAGGAUCUUAGCGUGGAGGAUUUGACUGAAGAGAAUAUCAAGUCGCACAGUAAUCUGGUAGGGAAGACGAAGAACAUGUUGCAUAGUUUGCAGAGCUUUGUAUUGCAGGAUAAUAGUAAGAGGUUGCAUUUGAAUGGGGGUGAAAGGAAGUUCAACGAAACGUCGUUUUAAGGAUAAAAAAGAAAAUGAAAAUACGAAAACAAAAUUUUUUUGGCGAAAAUUCCUAUAAUAAUAAAGUACCCCUCUCACCUGCCGUAUACUUGUAUCAAAAACAUUACAACUAAAUUUUGAAAGUUUUUUUUAUAUAAAUAGUCCAAAUUGAGAUAUAUCAAAUCGACAUUGUUUGGCAAAAUAAAAAGACAAUAAGCUGCUGCACCUGAAUGGAAAUUAAAGUUCCUAGAUAUUGAUAAAGUACCGAAAUAUACUGCCAUGUGGUGGCAAAAUGUGGUACUUGGUCGAACUAGAGACUUUACUGAGAAUUAGAGUAUCUAGAUACUGAUAAAGUACAUCAGUUAACCGUAAUUUUGGAAAAAAAUCUCUAUUUCCAAAAUUGAACUAAUUUUAACAUACUUUGAAGGUUUUAUUUCGAUCUAAAACACUACAAUAACUAAAUUUUGUAAAUUUUAUAUAAAUAUUUCAAAUUGACAUUUGUCAGAGCGCCAAAAACAAUCUGGUGCAGUACUUGUUCAAUCUAGACACUUUAGCAAGAACGGAAAUUAAAGUCCCUAGAUAUUGAUAAAGUACCGAAAUAUACUGCCAUGUGGUGGCAAAAUGAGGUACUUGGUCGAACUAGGGACUUUACUGAGAAUUUAAGUCUCUAGAGACUGAUAAAGUAUCCCAAUUAGCUGCCAUUUUCGAAUAAAAUCUCUAUUUCUAAAAUUGAAACUAUGUAAACUAAUUAAAUCACUAAUUUACAUAUAGGUACUUUAAAGGUUUUGUUUCGAUCUAAAACACUACGAUAACUUAAUUUUGUAAAUUUUUUAUAUAAAUUGACAUAUGUCAAAUCGCCAAGAACAAUCGGUUGCGGUACUUGUUCAAUCUAGGGACUUUAGCAAAAACGGAAAUUAAAGUCCCUAGAUAUUGAUAAAGUACCGAAAUCUAUUCCCAUUUUGUGGCAAAAUGCGGUAUUUGGUCGAACUAGGGACUUUAGCAAGAACGGAAAUUAAAGUCCCUGGAUAUUGAUAAAGUACUGAAAUAUACUGCCAUGUGGUGGUAAAAUGCGGCACUUGGGACUUUACUGAAAAUUAGAGUCUCUAGAUACUGAUGAAGUACCCCAAUUAACUGCCAUUUUCAAAUAAAAUCUCUAUUUCCAAAAUUGAAACUAUUUAAACUAAUUAAAUAAUUAAUUUACAUAUAGGUACUUUAAAGGUUUUGUGUCGAUCUAAAACACUACGAUAACUUAAUUUUGUAAGUUUUUAUAUAAAUAGGUCAAAUUGAUAUAUGUCAAAUCGCGAAGAACAAUCGGUUGCGAUACUUGUUCAUUCUAGGGACUUCAUCAAAAACGGAAAUUAAAAUCCCUAGAUAUCGAUAAAGUACCGAAAUCUACUCCCGUUUUGUGGCAAAAUGCGGUACUUGGUCGAACUAGUGACUUUACUAAGAAUUAAAGUCUCCAGAUACUGACAAAGUACCCCAUGUAACUGUCAAUCUUGAAACUAUUUAAACCAAUUAACUUACUAAUUUUCACAUACUUUCAAUUCCAUUUUCUCUAAAUAAAUCUCUAUUUCCAAAAUUGAAACUAUUUAAACUAAUUAAAUCACUAAUUUUCAUAUACUUUGAAGGUUUUGUUUCGAUCUAAAACACAACGAUAACUUGAUUUUGUAAGUUUUUUAUAUAAAUAGCUCAAGUUGACGUAUGUCAAAUUGCCAAGAACAAUAGAUACUUGUACAUUCUAGGGACUUUAGCAGAAACGGAAAUUAAAGUCCCUAGAUAUUGAUGAAGUAUCGAAAUAUACUGCCAUUUUGUGGCAAAAUGCGGUAUUUGGUAGAACUAUGGACUUUACUGAGAAUUAAAGUCUCUAAAUACUGAUAAAGUACUCCAAUUAACUGCCAUUUUCAAAUAAAAUCUAUUUCCAAAAUUGAAACUAAUUUUCAUAUACUUUGAAGGUUUUGUUUCGAUCUAAAACACUACAAUAACUGAGUUUUGUAAGUUUUUUAUGGUAAAUAACUCAAAUUCACAUAUGUCAAGUUGCCAAUAACAAUCGGUUGCGGUACUUGUUCAAUCUAGGGACUUUAGCGAGAAUAACGAAAGAGCGACAACUAUUAUGUUAAUUUACAAUCACACUCAUAGGGGAAACAUUUAUGUUUGUGUUUGAUUAACAUUAGAUUUUUUUCGACAACAUUCUUUACGUGCUCUAAAAAAGUGUAGGCUAUAAUUUAUUUUUGGUAUUGGGAACAAUAGCAGCAAGUCAAAAGAAUGCUGUUAAAUUGUUACAAUAUUUGAACUACAUCACAUAAACGUGAUGUAGUUAAAAUCAUGAUUUAUAUUUCCUACAAAUCGAUGAGCUAUUAUCAGAAACAGCGCCAUCUAUUGGUUUUCUGUUUUCACGAAUUAUUUGUGGAAAUAUUCCUGUAUAAGUCUAAUAAUAUUGCGUCUAAUUGUAAGUAUUUUUUAUUUUUAGCAGUUUUAUUUAUAUUUUGUUAAUUUUUAUUCAAAAUGGUAAAUUAUGAUAUACAGUUCUGAUUUACUGAAAUCAAUAUAUGUAUAUAAUAAAAACCAAAUAACUGC